AUGGAAGCAAAUGUUGAAGAGAAUGAGAAGAAUAUCAAGAUGAUCCGUUCAAUAAUAGGUUCUGAAAUUCCAGAAAAUGAAAUUCUCGAAGCCCUUUCACAGAAAAACAACAAUCCAGAAGCAGCUAUUAACCAUUUGCUAGAUUCUUCGACGCCGUUGAUAGUUCACAAGACUGUUACGGGCACAGGGGUAAGGAUUUCUGCUCCGAUAAAACAAGAGAAUGGAGAAGAAUCAUUGGGUUGUAAUACUGUAAGUGGGUUAAAAGUUAAGGAAGAGACCGAUUUGGGUGUCAAUGAAAAAGGGGAAAGAAAGGUUUUUGAUGGGUGUGGAGCAAAAGGGUCGGUUGGUAAGGGGCUAAAAGUUAAAGAAGAAUACGACGUGGGUGUUGAGGAAAAAGGGCAAAAAGAGGAAGAAAAGAAGGUUUUCAAUGUGCGGGAUUUUAGAAAAGAAUUCAAUGAAUGGCUUAAGUUGCCUGAAAACAACCCGCAAAUCGAUAUUCAGAAACCGAAAGAAGAAAAGAAACUUGAAAUGGUUAAGUUCAAAGAAGAACCUGUACUUGGUGUUGAACCAUUGUCAUCAAGGCCUUUGUCAAAACACGAAUACAACAGACUGAAUAGUAGUACUAGUAAUAGGGCUAUUGGGGGAAUUAAAGAAAAGAUUGGAAUUGAGAAAAAUAGUCUUAGUACUGUUGUGAUUGAGGAUGGGGAUUUCCCUGAAGAUUCUGAUUGGUUGUUAGUUGGGAGAACUGUUGUUACUGGACUUUCAACUACAAAGGGAAGAAAACUGGAGAAUAAUGAGAUUGUUCAUUUUUCAUUUCCUCAGCUUGGGAGUAGCAAUCAGAGUUCACACUGGGGUGGGUCAAGAGCUGCUAUUGCUGCUGCAUCAUCCAUUGUUAGGUUCUCGACUAAACGAUCGGGGGAGAUUGGGCGUCUUCCAAUGGAAUGGGCAAAAUGCCUCAUUCCACUUGUAAAUUCUUCAAAGGUAAAGGUUUUUGGUCGAUGUGUUGCUGCACCUGUAAAUCUGUCCCUAAUGCAGGAGCUUAUGUUGUAUGUAAGUUUCUACAUUCACCACUCGGUGUUUACAAGCUGUGAGAAGUCAUCAUGGAGGCUGGAUUCUCCCUCACAAAUUGAUACUACAACUCAGCCUUAUUGUAUUUGCUUUACAAACUUGCUUGCUGAUAUUCUUUAUUUGAGUGGAGAGUCUAUUGUAAGCAGCCUCUUUACCUUCACAAGAUAUUCUGUGUGCAAAAUAUUGUGCAUGGUAGAAUUUGUUCCACAAAUACUCUAUCUGCCACAGAUUGGGCGUCUUCCAAUGGAAUGGGCAAAAUGCCUCAUUCCACUUGUAAAUUCUUCAAAGGUAAAGGUUUUUGGUCGAUGUGUUGCUGCACCUGUAAAUCUGUCCCUAAUGCAGGAGCUUAUGUUGUAUGUAAGUUUGAAUUAUUGUAUUUGCUUUACAAACUUGCUUGCUGAUAUUCUUUAUUUGAGUGGAGAGUCUAUUGUAAGCAGCCUCUUUACCUUCACAAGAUAUUCUGUGUGCAAAAUAUUGUGCAUGGUAGAAUUUGUUCCACAAAUACUCUAUCUGCCACAGAUUGGGCGUCUUCCAAUGGAAUGGGCAAAAUGCCUCAUUCCACUUGUAAAUUCUUCAAAGGUAAAGGUUUUUGGUCGAUGUGUUGCUGCACCUGUAAAUCUGUCCCUAAUGCAGGAGCUUAUGUUGUAUGUAAGUUUCUACAUUCACCACUCGGUGUUUACAAGCUCUGUGAGAGUUCACCCGGAUGAGCUCGAUUCUCGUAAACGCCAGCUCAAUUUAGAUUCUGAUUCAAAUGAGGCUGCUUCAGUGUUAUCAAUUGCAAAACGAAGAAAGGGCUGCCAACAGUAUUCAGAGCCAAACAAGGAUGAGCAAGAAAUCUCUGAAGCAUCUAUUAACAAACUUGUUGGUUCUGUAGACAUGUAUGACUUGAAGGAGAUGGAGGCUCCCGACACACUUAUGUGCAGCCUAAGGCCUUACCAGAAGGAGGCUCUUUACUGGAUGUCAGAAUCAGAGAAAGGAGCUGGUGUAGAGGAAGCAUCAAAAACUCUUCAUCCAUGUUGGGCAGCAUAUCGGAUAUGUGAAGAGAGGAAAAUAUAUGUCAACAUUUUCUCUGGGGAAGCAACUACUGAAUUCCCAACUGCAUCAAACGCAGCACGCGGAGGGAUAUUGGCAGAUGCAAUGGGGCUUGGAAAGACGGUGAUGACAAUUUCUCUAAUACUUGCGAAUCUGGGGAGGGGUAGCCCUGAUGAUCAGGAAAUUGUCUUGGAAGACACAGAUGAAACUGAAUGUGUAACAAAAAGAAUCACUUAUACUGAUACCGAAGUCUCAAAAAAAGCAAAAGGUGGCACUCUCAUUGUCUGUCCUAUGGCAUUACUAGGCCAGUGGAAGGAUGAACUUGAAGCACAUUCAAAGCCUGGUAGUGUUUCAGUUUUUGUUCAUUAUGGUGGGGACAGAAGUAAUGAUCCUAGAGUGAUAGCAGAACAAGAUGUAGUCCUGACAACUUAUGGUGUCUUGAGUGCAACUUAUAAGGCUAAUACUAUGAAAAGCAUAUUUCAUAAUGUUGAUUGGUACCGGGUGGUUCUGGAUGAGGCACACACCAUAAAAUCCUGGAAGACUCUUGGUGCACAGGCUGCUUUUACUUUGUCAGCACAUUGUAGGUGGUGUCUUACUGGUACUCCUCUGCAGAAUAAUUUGGAAGAUCUUUACAGCCUUUUAUGUUUCUUGCAUGUCGAGCCAUGGUGCAACUGGGCAUGGUGGAACAAGUUAAUACAGAGACCUUAUGAAAAUGGUGAUCAGAGAGCUCUAAAAUUGAUCAAGGCCAUUUUGAGGCCGCUGAUGUUGAGGAGAACAAAGGAUACCAAGGACAAAGAUGGAAGGGCAAUUCUUGUUCUCCCUCCAACCGACAUUCAAGUCAUUCAGUGUACACAAUCAGAAGCUGAACGUGACUUCUAUGAUGCCCUCUUCAAGAGAUCUAAAGUUCAAUUUGAUCAGUUUGUGGCACAAGGAAAAGUUCUUCACAACUAUGCUAAUAUUCUUGAAUUACUACUUCGACUGAGGCAGUGUUGCAACCAUCCUUUCCUUGUGAUGAGCCGAAGUGAUAAUCAAGAAUUUGCAGAUUUAGACAAACUAGCAAGAAGGUUCUUGGAAACAAAUCCUGAUUCAUCAACACAGAAAGCACCUACACCAGCAUAUGUAGAAGAAGUUGUUGAGGGAAUUCGAAAUGGCGAAAAUACGGAGUGUCCCAUAUGCCUCGAGUCAGCAGACGACCCUGUGCUAACACCAUGUGCCCACAGAAUGUGCAGAGAAUGCCUUCUUUCAAGCUGGAGAACUCCAGCAAGUGGACUUUGCCCAAUUUGUAGGCAAAUGAUAAAGAAACAUGAGCUAUUCACAUGUCCUUCUGCAAAUCGGUUUCGAGUUGAUGUUGAGAAGAACUGGCAAGUAUCUUCUAAGGUUUCAAUGCUGAUGGAUUGCUUAGAACCUAUAAGAAAAUCUGGUGAAAAAAGCAUUGUUUUUAGCCAAUGGACUUCAUUUCUUGAUCUUUUGGAAAUCCCACUCAAAAGAAAGCAAAUUGGCUACUUGAGGUUUGAUGGGAAAUUGUCACAGAAACAAAGAGAAAGGGUGUUGAAAGAAUUCAGUGAGACUAAUGAAAAAACAAUUUUGUUAAUGUCACUAAGAGCUGGAGGUGUUGGCUUGAACUUAACAGCAGCUUCUAAUGUCUUUCUCAUGGAUCCAUGGUGGAAUCCUGCUGUCGAAGAACAAGCAAUUAUGAGAAUUCAUCGUAUUGGUCAAAAGAAAACAGUUCGUGUUAGAAGGUUCAUUGUUGAGGACACAGUGGAAGAAAGAAUGCAACAAGUCCAAGCAAGAAAGCAAAGGAUGAUAGCUGGAGCUUUGACUGAUGAAGAAGUGAGGUCUGCUAGAAUUGAAGAGCUCAAGAUGCUUUUCAGAUAAUUGAUUUUAAUAUAUUUGGAAAAGUCCAAUUAUAUUUAUAUUUAAUUGGAUGUAAAAUUAGUGAAAAAAAACAAGAA